CGCGGCUGAUUGGGGAGCGGUUUUGAUAGCACAAUAAGACAUAGUAACUGUGGAAUUGAUGACAUCAACGGCCCCAACCGUGACGACAUCCGAGAUGCAGCUGGCGAUGGAGACAGCACCCAUGCAGGAUGCUGUUGCUGUUGCCGUGUUUGAAGAAGAAGGGGCCGCGCUGGAGAUGGUGCGGAUGUAUAGGCAACAGAUUGAGGACAUCUACGCGAUGCUCAUUCAACAUCCGCACUUACCAGCGGACCUACUGGGGGAGGAUGAGGAGCUGUUCAGUGGCUGGGAGGAGGAGCUCCGUGAAAAUCUUCCUCUUCAACGGUUGGGGGCCAUCGAGAAAGCACAGGUGAUGGUGGAAUUGGGGGCUUGUACUGAAGUAUUGGGGGAGGUGAAGGGAAUCCUCUCCGAAAUCCGGAAACGGCUGUGGGGCGCGGGGCCUGAGGAGGGGCAGGUGCUGCGUUCGUCGCCGGAUGCUUUGAGCGAAGCAAACGAUACUCCUAUCUCGACUGCCUUCCUUACUGAGGAGGUGGUGAUUUGCGGCGGGAAGCCUGAGGAGGGGCGAGGGACUGACGGCGAAUUGGCGGGCGACGAGGAUUACAAUCGGCUGGAGGAGGGGACUAUUGCCAUGUGUGAGAACCGUGACAACAACAACAACAACAACAACAACAACAACAACAACAACGAUGUCAGCGGCUUCAAUUUUGAUGAUAUCGAAGAUGGGCAUAUGCUGGAUAACGGCAACAACAACGACAACAACAACAACAACAACAACAACAACAACAACAACAACGUCAACAACGGCAGUGCCUUCGACUUCGAGGAUGGCGAUGUUGGGAAUUCGCUGUAUGUGGCGCAGGGUUAUGAUGAUCUUAUGCGCAGCAACGCCAUUGUUCGCAAUGGUUACCAUUGCAAUGACCAUGGUGACAUUGAAAACACAGCGGGUGACAACACAGAGGACAAAGGCCACAAUGAUGGGCAGGCUCUCUGCCUCUUCUCUCGCCUCCUCUUUUCUCACCUUCCCCUCUCGGGUUCCUGGUCAUUAUUGUGGGGUCAGGAGCGAGAGGGCGGGGACCGCUACUGUGAAGAUGAUGGGGGCAUCACAGAAGAUGUGAACGAUAACAGCCUCAUUGCCUGCAGUUCUGCCACUUCCGCCGAUAAAGAUGAUAUAAUUGCCAACAAGAACAGUGAUGACGACGACAACAACAACAACAACAACAACAACAACAACAACAACAACAACAACAACAACGACGACGACAAUCACAACGGGGAUGCUGGUGUUCCAUGUGGAGAUGACGAUGACAACAAUACCCACAACAACAUCGACGAUGACAACAACAACAACAUCAACAACAACGACAAAUACAACAGCGAGGAUGGUGCUCAGCAUGGUGUUCCACGUGGAGAUGACGACGAUAACAAUACCGACAACAACAUCGAUGACAACAACAACAACAACAACAACAACAACAACAACAACAACAACAACAAUAAUGACAAUUACAACAACAACAACAACAACAACAAUUACAACAGCGAGGAUGGUGCUCAGCGUGGAGACGAAGGUGAAACAUGUAUUUGGACCAUCAAUAAUAACAAGGCAAAAAACGACGGGGAGGAGAGGGCUCAGCGCGGGGACGAUUGUCAUAAAUGCAUCUGGGCCAUCCAAGUCAUCAACACAGUUAAUGAUGAUAAUAUUGUGGGCCCGGUAGAUAAUGACUACAACAGCGGGCGUAGGGGGCAGGGGGUGUUUCUCGAGCGUCUUGCCUCUCCCGGUGGGGGUGGUGCUAUUGGGGAUGGAACGAAGAUGUUGUCUACGGCUAUGUCUAUAAGUACAUGUCUGUUCGGCCGAUAUGUUAUCGCACCGCUUCUGUGGGACCCGGGGGGGAGGAUUGAGGGGUGCGACUAGGUAUAUGGCACCCCGAUGACCAGCCGAGGAUC